AUGGCCAAACGCAUCCUUCAGGUAGCAUUUGUUUCUUUCGGCUGCCUUCAAGCUGUCUCCGGCGACGCAAACGACACAAGCUUGACGCAAUCUCUCAAUUUUGAAGCAAGCUUCUCUGACCAUCCUCGGCCUUUCUCGAUAAAGGUUGAUGAUGGAUUUAUUCAGGCAACCAAGCAAAAGGCGAGCCAACUUCGAGUCGCCGUAGAUAUCAACCAAGACGAGUUCGUCGAGGGCGUUCCCUCUCGAGUUCUGCAAAACCUGUCUCGUCAUUGGUCCGAUGAGUAUGACUGGCGCAAAGUUGAAGCAGCUAUGAACGAAAAGUUUAAGCAGUUUACGACGAUUGUUCGGGCCGGUGAAAACUACACACACCCGAUUCCUCUCCACUUCAUCCAUCACACGUCCGAACGAGAAGAUGCCAUUCCGCUCCUCUUUCUUCACGGGUGGCCGGGUAGUUUCUAUGAGGUUGCCGGCAUAAUCGAUCUUCUGACGAGCCCCCCGGACCCAAGCCUGCCAGCAUUCCAUGUUGUGGCCCCUGACCUGCCGGGUUUUGGAUUCUCGCCUGCCCCGCGAUUCCCUGGCCUUGGGCUACGAGGUAUGGGACAGGCUUUCGAUCAUCUCAUGCAGCAACUGGGCUAUACGAAAUACGUCGGCCAAGGUGGAGAUUUUGGAAGUCACACUCUGCGCUUCAUGGCCGCUGACUUUCCAGACUCGCUAGUUUCCAUCUUGUCCAACCUCUUUAGCGUUGCGCCGAGCCCUGAUGACAUUGUUCGCUUCCAAAAUAACCAGACCACGCCGGAGGAGACGAUCAUGUUCCAAUUCAUGAAUGACCCAGGUCUGACUUGGACCCAAGAUUACUGGGCCAUUGAGUCCAGCGUGCCACUGCAAGUCGCUAUCGGCAUGACGGAUAGCCCGAUUGCGUGGACUGCUUGGCAGUACAUGGGAAUGAGGUCCCUUUCGCCGGGGUACGACUGGGGAAUCGAGGAGCUCAUUACUUGGUCGAUGCUCAACUACAUCCAAGGCCCAUACGGUGGCUUGCGACUGUACAAAGAAGCAAAGAGGGAGGGAACGCUGGCCGGGGCAUUUCCCUACGUAGCUCAGCCAGUUGGCGUACUCAACUACUAUGGCGACGCAGCAUAUUACACGCCUCUGGAUUGGGCAAAACGCCAAGGGAACAUUACCUUCUUCAGCAAGAAAGCGCCGGAAAUACUUGGCGGACAUUUCCCCGCCCAUAUCAACCCACGAUCUCUGGCUCAGGAUUGCUGGGACUUCUGGGGGAAUUCCACUAUUUCUGGAACAGACGUCUUUUUCCACUAA